AUGGCCUCGCUCGGGGACCUGGUGCGCGACUGGCAUCGCGGCGCGCAGGCCGUGGAGCGCGGGGACUGGGGCGACGCCCUGCGCCUCUUCUCGAGCGUCCCGGCGCCGCCCGCCAGGAUGUGCUUCAACGUGGGCUGCGUGCACCUGCUGGCCGGGGACGCGGACGCCGCGCUGCGGGCGUUUGACCAAGCCGUGACCCAGGACGCCUGCAUGGCUGUUGGCUUCUUCCAGCGAGGUGUGGCCAACUUCCAGCUGGAGAGGUUCCAGGAGGCUCUGUCCGACUUCCGGCAGGCGCUGGCACAGCUGAGGGGCAACGCCGCCAUCGACUACACACAGCUGGGCCUGCGGUUCAAGCUGCAGGCCUGGGAGGUGCUGUACAACGUGGCGGUGGCACAGUGCCGGCUGGGGCUCUGGACCGAGGCGUCCCACAGCCUAGCGGAGGCCACAUCCAAGCGGCCAGAGGGCGCCCAGGACGGCCUCGACACUGCCCUGGCCCAAGUGCAGAUACAGGUCCCGCUGCAGCCUCGGCAGGUCCCCAGGGGCGAGAUCUUCCGGCCCCACAGGCGGCACCUGGAGCACCUGGAGCCGGUGGAUUUCCUGGGCAAGGCCAAGGUGGUGGCCUCUGCCCUCCCUGAAGACCAGUGCCCGGGCGUCCAGCCUCAGCAACCGCAGGGACAGGGUGUGAACCCUGAAGCCAGGCCCGGGGCUGCACCACGGGCCAGAGCUGUAGGCUGCAGAAGAGCCAGUGCCCACCACAGCUCUGUGGAUGCAGAGACAGAGGCAGGGCAGGCUGACCCCUGCCCGUCGGUCUCCUGCCAGGGGCAGAGGCCCCAUGUGGAGCAAGUUGGGGGACAGGCUCCUGUGUCUCCAGGGUUGCCGGCAUCGGGGGGGCCUGGCCUCAGCCCCACUGAGGACCCCGCAGGUGCUGGGGGAGCAGCCACCAGCAGCCCCAAACCCUCAGCCACCGCCACCGUCACCGUGCAGUGUGCCUUCACCGUGGCCGUGGAGGCCCAAAGGGGAGCCGACCUGUCCAGCCUGCGGGCUCUGCUGGGGCAGGCCCUCCCUCGCCAGGCCCAGCUGGGGCAGCUCAGUUACCGAGCCCCCGGAGAACGUGGGCACUGGGUCCCCAUCCCUGGGGAGGAGGCGCUGCAGAGGGCGUGGCUGGACACGGCUGCUGAUCCCGGGGGACUGCAGCUCCAGUGCCAGGGGGCAGGGGGCCGGCCCAUCCUCUACCAGGUCGUGGCCCAGCACAGCUAUGCAGCCCAGGGGCCUGAGGACCUGGACUUCGAGCAGGGGGACACGGUGGACGUCCUGUGUGAAGUGGACCAGGCCUGGCUGGAGGGCCACCGAGACGGCCGCAUCGGCAUCUUCCCCAAGUGCUUCGUGGCCCCUGCCAGCCGACGCCUGUGA